UGAUUGUUCGUGUCGGUGCGUGACGAACACCAACGAGAAGUCUAAUUGAAACCUCACGUCAAUGUUGUUUUACUCUCGGACAAAUCGAGUUGUGCAUAUUAAAAAUCAUUGAUAAUCGCAGUUAAGGACGAUGGAUUUGCUAGGAUCUAUCUUGAAUUCGAUGGACAAACCCCCGUCCGUCAGUGACAAGCAAAAGGCGUUAAUGAAAAAGCAAAAGGAAGAAUAUCAGAAGCAUCAAAAAGCCGAGGCUGAGAGGCUAAAAGUUUUCCGAGAUAAGGUCGAGAAGAAAAUUAGCAAGUUUCUCCAAGACGAUAAUGCCAAGGAAUACAAGUUCCCUCCAAUGGAUCAAAUUCAAAGAAGCAUAAUACACGACGCUGCUGAAGUUGCAAGUAUAUGGGCAUACUCAUUCGGUGAAGAAGGAGUUGAUCGUCACAUUAUUCUUUUUAAAAGAGAACAUGCUCCAUCCGAAGAUCAGUUGAAUGCCUUACGCAGAGGAGAGGAAUGGAACGAGGAUAUAGCGAGAAGAUUGGCAGAGGAAAGGGAGAGGAGAGCCAAGGAGGAACAGGAGGCUGCUUCGAGACCUAAGAAACGAAAGGAUGACUUUGUACCAAAUAGCUAUUACAAGGAUAAGUAUCAGCAUUUGAUCGGAAAGGAAGCCGCUCUUGAAGCUGCAAGAAAGACGGAAGCUAACAGUAGCUAUGGUUGUGUUCCUAGUCAAAACAAGAAAGAUCAACGAAGCAUAGAGCAAACGCUCGCCGAUAUACGGGCGAAAAAGAGAAAAUUGGGAAACACGGACGAAUCGAAGCAAAAAGACGAGAAUAGCAAAUAAAUAUGUAUUUCAUUUCUUAUUUGUAAAUAA